UUUCGUCGCUUUUAUUCUUUUUUGGAAAAAUAUUAAAUUCACUUCUCCCGAUCCUAAUUUAAACGAAACUUUGUUCUUUCUGUGUACCUUUAUUCUCACGUGAUUCUCAUGACAUUUUAUGACACUUCUCCUAUAUUCAAGGAGAUAUUCGGCAAUCAAACUUUCGAGGAUUUCGUUGAUUUCGAAAGAAAAUUCGCCGCUUUUCAAGAGCAAACCGGCGCCAUAUUCAGGAUCAAGAGUAGCGUGAGCGUGGGCGCCGAAAAUAAGAAGCGGAGCGUCAAAAUUGACGAAAAGUUUAAAUACGGGGGUGUCACUUACAUUUGUGUGAGGCACGGAAUAAAUAAAUCCCCCAAAUUUUAUCCAUAUAGUUCUGCCAAAAUUAAUUCUAGAGGAGCUUCAUGCAAUUGCAAAGCUUACAUAUCUUUGAGCUAUAAAACCGCCAUUCAAAAAUUGUACGUAACUAGCACUAACCCCAAACACAACCAUCCUUUACCUAUCAAAAAUCCAAAAGUUAUCGUAAUCCAAGAACCUCCCAAAUCACCUUCACCCUUGGAAGAUCACCAUUCCGAAAUCGAAGAUAGUACCAUGAUAAAAUCGGACUCUAAUGUGAACAGAGACCCCGGAAAUUUUAAAAUGAAAGCCGGAGACGAACUCCCCUAUCCUCAAAAUUCCAAGAUGCUUAAAUCAAAUUCUAGCAUUCCAACUCCGUCUCACACCAAUCAAAUCAAUUAUUAUCCAGCUCACUCGGCCCCUCAUAACAAAUACAGUAACCAUCCUAAUCUCUACACCCCUUCCCCUCAGACCCAGACUAGCCACCUUCACUCUUCAACCCACAACAACCAGAAUAUAUUCCAAAAUAUUAAUCUAGGAAGCGGUAGCAUGAACAAUUUCGGACCCUUAAACAAACUGCCCAACGCAAAUAAUUCGAGUGCUAACGGUACUAACCUUACUAAACUUAACCCUUCAAAUUCUACUGGCGCGAACCAUUCAACUCCAAGUAAAUACUCGCAGCUAUUAGCUGUUAUCGAGGAUAUGGGCAGGGACAUAAGACCAGCUUACUCCGGGAGUAAAGUCGCUGCCGAGAGACUAAAAAGGGGUAUAGUUCAUUCGCGCAUAUUGGUUAGAGAAUGUCUGUUAGAGGCUGAAAAAUGUGCUAGAACUUAAAAUUUUGUUUUGAUCUGUUCAUAUGCAACAUUCGAUUUCCUCACUGAUUCCAGCAUUUUUUUUAUAUUUAGAUUUAAAAUAAACCAAGAAAUGAUGAAAAAUUUAUGUUACCUUCAUAUGUUUCAUAAUUAACCACACUUAAUAUAUAAAAACCAUUAAAUUUUUUUAUUAUUGACUUUGGAUAAAAUUUAUAAUACUUCGAUUUUAUGCAUGGGAUCAACUAAUAUGUUAUUUUUUAGGAUAACAUAAUUUAUAAUAAUAUUCAUACAUUUUAUAUUAUUGCAUAAAUAUAUAG